GUUGUUGAUCACCUGUACCCCAGCACAAGAGCUCCAGCUUAAUCACCCUCAAGCUCUGCUCUCAGAACAUGGGGGAAAAUGAUGAUGAAAAAUACAACCAAGCUGGCCAGAUAUUUGAAAACUUUGUACAAGCAUCAACAUGCAAAGGCACCAUUCAGGCCUUCAAUAUUCUCACUCGCCAACUUGAAUUAGAUCCUUUGGACAAUAGAAACUUUUAUACCAAACUGAAAUCGAGAGUGACCACAUGGAAGGCCAAAGCUUUGUGGAACAAGCUUGAUAAGAGAGCAAGUCACAAAGAGUAUAAACGCGGAAAGUCUUGUAUGAACACUAAGUGUUUAAUUAUUGGAGGUGGCCCCUGUGGCCUGCGGACUGCCAUUGAACUUGCCUUCCUGGGAGCCAAGGUUGUCGUUGUGGAGAAGCGGGACACUUUCUCAAGGAACAAUGUGCUGCAUCUCUGGCCCUUUACCAUCCACGACCUUCGGGGACUGGGAGCAAAGAAAUUUUAUGGAAAGUUCUGUGCAGGAUCUAUUGAUCACAUCAGUAUUCGACAGCUUCAACUCAUCCUCUUCAAAGUUGCACUUAUCCUUGGAGUGGAAAUUCACGUGAACCUGGAAUUUGUGAAAGUCUUGGAGCCUCCUGAAGAUCAAGAAAACCAAAAGAUGGGUUGGAGGGCUGAAUUUCUCCCCAUGGAUCACCCUUUGUCAGAGUAUGAAUUUGAUGUUAUCAUUGGUGCAGAUGGCCGCAGGAACACGUUAGAAGGCUUCAGGAGGAAGGAAUUUCGUGGAAAGCUGGCUAUAGCGAUCACUGCCAAUUUUAUAAACAGAAAUACAACUGCAGAAGCCAAGGUAGAAGAAAUUAGUGGGGUUGCUUUUAUCUUCAAUCAGAAGUUCUUCCAGGAUCUGAAAGAGGAAACGGGGAUUGACCUGGAGAAUAUUGUUUACUAUAAAGACAGCACGCAUUAUUUUGUGAUGACAGCAAAAAAGCAGAGUCUUCUGGACAAAGGAGUGAUUAUUAACGACUCCAUUGAUACCGAGCUGCUGCUCUGUGGGGAAAAUGUGAACCAGAGCAAUUUGCUGUCCUACGCCAGAGAAGCUGCUGACUUUGCAACCAACUACCAGCUGCCUUCCUUGGAUUUUGCAAUUAAUCAUUAUGGCCAACCAGAUGUAGCAAUGUUUGAUUUUACCUCCAUGUAUGCAUCUGAAAACGCUGCACUAGUGAGAGAGAGGCACAGACAUCAGCUCCUGGUGGCUCUUGUUGGAGAUAGUUUGCUUGAGCCAUUCUGGCCAAUGGGUACUGGCUGUGCAAGAGGUUUCUUGGCUGCCUUUGACACCGCGUGGAUGGUGCGGAGCUGGGCGCAGGGGAAGCCCCCGUUGGAGAUCCUGGCUGAACGAGAGAGCAUUUAUCGACUCUUGCCUCAGACGACCCCUGAAAAUAUUAAUAAGAACUUUGACCAGUACACCAUUGACCCGGGAACAAGAUACCCGAACUUGAACUCGAGCUGUGUUCGACCUCACCAGGUGAGACAAUUAUAUGUUACCAAUGAGCUACAGCACUGUCCUCUUGAGAGAGUGAGCUCCAUUAGAAGAUCAGUGAACCUCACAAGACAGGAGUCAGAUAUUCGGCCUAACAAGCUUUUGACAUGGUGCCAGAAGCAGACAGAGGGAUACCGAAACGUUAAUGUCACUGACCUGACCACCUCCUGGAAAAGUGGCCUUGCUCUGUGUGCCAUCAUCCAUCGCUUCAGGCCUGACCUCAUCGACUUCGACGCCCUGAACGAAGAGGACGCGGUGAGGAACAACCAGCUGGCGUUCGACGUGGCCGAGCGGGAGUUCGGGAUCCCCCCGGUGACCACGGGCAAGGAGCUGGGCUCGGCCGGGGAGCCCGACAAGCUCAGCAUGGUGCUCUACCUGUCCAAGUUCUACGAGCUGUUCCGGGGCACCCCUCUGCGCGCAGUGGAUGCUGCUGAGAAGCAAAAUGGAGAAAAUAAUGAUCUUGGCUCACCAAAAUCAUCGAAUUUCAUCUUUAAUAAUUAUAUCAAUUUAACUUUACCAAGAAAACGAGUACCAAAGGCUGAAGGGAAAACAGAAGAAAACGAGACUAACAAAAGGCGUCGGAAAGGACUCUUUGGUGUCUUUGAGCAGACUUCAGGCAUUCCAAGCCAGGGGACAAACAAUGGGAAAGAACAGAGUGAUGGCAGAGAAGGAAUGAACCAGAACAAAGUCAAAUCAAUGGCAACUCAGCUGCUGGCAAAGUUUGAAGGGAAUGCUUCAAAUACAAUUCUGCGGAGACAGGAGCUAACAGAUAGACCAGCCCUGCUCUCCUCUGACCCUCCUGUUAAUCCUCGCUUUGCUAAACCUAUGGAUCCAAGCCUUCUUCCACCUCAACCAAAAAGGCAGUUUCAGGUGGUAGCUAGGAGUGAACACGAGGUCAGGGAACCCAAACAGUCUUUAAAUGGUUCUGAUCAUAUGGCCAGGAGAGCAAAGACUGUGCACAAAACAGAUCCCCAGCCCAGUCUGUCAGAAACCUCUGAAAAUCUCGCGUCUGCCUGUUCUGCUGCAUUUGUACUUUCUGGAGUGCUUGAGCGUCUUCAGCACCUGGAGGAAAAAAUGAAACAGAAAAGAGCUCAGAGCAUAGCAAAUAGGGAAUUCCAUAAAAAGAACAUUAAAGAGAAAGCAGCACAUCUCGCCUCAAUGUUUGGAUACAUGGAGUUUCCAAAGAAUAAGCUACCUACUAAAGGCUUACCCCAUUCUCAGCCCCCAACUCCCUCUUGCCCUCCACCUCAUCAUUCAGCUGCUGCUGCUUCAUCAUCUGUUGGUUCAGCUUCCUCUGCUGUUUCUUCUCAACAGGGUUCUCUGCGAAAAGAAUUCCCCAAGUCCAUCGGGGGGAGUGACAUUUGUUAUUUCUGCAAGAAACGGGUCUAUGUCAUGGAGCGGCUGAGUGCAGAAGGCCACUUCUUUCACAGGGAGUGCUUCAAGUGUGAAAUAUGUUCUACAACACUCCGCUUAGGAAUUUAUGCCUUUGAUGUUGAAGAAGGUAAAUUUUACUGUAAACCUCAUUUUACGCACUGCAAAAUCAGUACGAAACACAGAAAGAGAAGGGCAACAAUACAGAUCCAUGGAAAGGAGGCGAUAGACGCAUGGAAGAAAGUGGAAGCCAAACCCACAGAGAUCACCACAGAAAGCAGUUUGUCCACUGCUAGCAGUCCAGAGGACAGGUCCCCAGGUAUCCUGACUUCCUUCUUACGGGGCACGCUAAGCUGGCCCCUGCGGGUGACCAGGGAUCUGCUUGACAUUCCCAGCCGCCUGUCUAACUGGAUGCAUGGUUUCCUGCACGCUACCCACCUCCAUUUCAGGGACAAUGCAUAUAACUAUACCUACCUGUACGAACUCCUGAGCCUUGGGGUGCCACUCCUCUGUGCUCUCCUAGAGGUACUCACUCACAUGUACCGGGAAGCAGAGCUGUCACUUGAAAAUGUGCUUGAAUGGGUGAAAAGAUUCUCACGUGCUCUGCCUGAGGUGGGGAGGAAGUGGCUGACCCGGUCCAGCAGCCCCAGCAGGAGCUUGGCUCUGCCCGAAGCUGGCGGGUUCCCAAGGCCUUGUCACCUCCGUGCCAGGUCACAGCAGUGUGAUCUGGCUCGGCAGAUGAGUCAGGAGCAGCAGCAGCCCGGCUGGAGCCAGGCUGCCUCGUGGGGCAGGCCUCGCAGCACGAACGGCGUCCCCCGCUCGUGCCUGGCGCCGGCCCUGGCGCUAGGGCCGGGGGCGCUCGGACGCUGCAGCGCUCGACGCCUCACAAGUGGCUGCUACCUGCCUGUGGCUGACGAGCCCACCUCCCCCAAGAAGGCGAGGAGCAUCCCUGAACAGCACGAGCUGGAGCGCUGGUUCUCACCCCCUUCCCCCGAGUGGGCCAUCGUGAGGGUCAUCCCCGAGGAGGAGAUGGCUGAGCACAACCUCCUCGCCGUUCGAGUCAUGGUCACCAGUGAUGCUAGCAGCUCUGAGCUGGAGUCUGAUUUCAAUGGGGACUCCUCGAACUCGGAGGUGAGUGAAGGCCAGACCUCGCUGCCGGAGCCCCCCGCCUGCUCCAGCCCCAUCCAGAGGUGGGCAUCGCUCAUCAGGAGCCCCGUGGUGCCCGAGGAAAGCUCCAAAACAUCCAAAGUCGCUGAUGUUUUGGUCCUCACAGUAACCACUGAGGAUGGAGUCAGACUUGUGCUGCACGUAGGGAAGAGACUUGGAUUUGAUGUCAUCAUUCCCAAAUCAAGCGGCUGUGAGACUCAGGCCUCAAUCACACGAGGAAACAGCACCACAGGUUCUCCACGGACCCCUCUUGGGAAUGAGGCAUUGGCUGCUGAUUUUUAUGAGCCUGAAGACACAGACAGUGACACUGGGACAUGCUCAGCCUGGGACUGGAAGGAAAAAACACGGAAAUACACCUCUGAACCAGAGCACUUUAACAGCAAGACAGAAGCACUGUCAACUCUGGUUUUGAAAGAGAAAGAUGGCAAAAAUAACAGGCACCCAGAAGAAAAGCUUGAGCAAGAAUUAAAGGAGGCAAAACAGAGGCUUCAUACUCGACAGCAGCCCUUGUAUGGCUCAAACAGGACAGACCCAGGUGGGAGCAGUCCAGGGUGUGGAAACAACGGAGCCCCACGGGCUCUGGAGAAAAAGGAUGCUGGCUGGAGAAAAGAAGAGUUCAAACGCUCUGGUUGUCCUGGGCCUCUCUUAUUUGCAGAUGGUGCUCCACCAGCUUCAUCAGUGGGCACAAAGGGUGCUCUGAGUAUUCCAGAUGUGGUUCCCAGGGAGCAUGCAGCCGCCCAGCCAAAAUCCCCACUGAGGCUCAUAGCCAAUGCUAUCAAAAGGUCCAUUUGGGAGCCUCUAACCUCAGCUCCAGAAGGAUUAAAGCAGGACUUGGACAGCAAAGUAAAAGCCUCUUCAGAAGAAACCUUCUUCAGCUUCCCCAGCACUCCUGGGUAUUCCCUAAGCCAAAGGAACAGGAACAACAAUAACACUCAGUCACAGGAUCCUAAAAUAAGAGAGUGGGCAGGAAAAUAUGUAGGAGGUGGGAGCCCUUACUCAAAUCGAUCUCAUUCUUCUGUGGGCUCAGAGGGGAUAUCCCUAAGGGAUUACAGGGAGGAGGUAUCCCUCACACCCCACAGGCCUUCCAAGACAACCCAUAUACCUCAGAAACCAGCUGGCACUAGGAUGGAGGAAGUCCCAGGACUCCUAGAAAAGUUUACCUUUGAGGACAGUCCUCUAGGGACUCCCAUGGAUGAAAUAUGUAUCCGUAAGAAGAAGUCCACUCUUCUUUCAUCUCCAGAGCCCAGGAACUCCUUCCAGGACAGUCUGGAUGACUCUGCACAAAAAGGGUCACUCUUCAAUAGACUGAGAAGCAAAGCUUGUGAAAGGGAACAGAAUUCCUUGGUGUCAUCUCUGCCUGUCAUUAAGGACCAUUCUCCAGAAAGGUUGUGUUAUCCUUUCACAGGAUAUGAAUGCCUACCUGUCAGAAAACAAGCUACUGAGUAUUCUACUUCAUCCUCUGAUGAGGAAUUUGAAUCCAAGCCUUCAUUAACGCACAAGGCAAAAAGGGCUCUCAGAAAGAGAAGGAAGCUGGAGAAGGAGACAAAGCAGUUGAUUAAACAAGAGGAGCUGAAGAGGCUUCACAAAGCACAGGCAAUCCAGCGCCAGCUAGAAGAACUGGAGGAAAAACAACGAACUUUGGAGAUUUUUGGUGUUGAACUGGAGAGAGAGCUAAGAGGAGAAGCAGAUUCGGGCACAAAGGAUGAAAAUCAGAUGCUACAUGAAUGGUUUGAGCUGGUCGUGGAGAAGAAUAAAUUAAUGCGUUAUGAGUCUGAGCUCCUGAUUAUAGCCCAAGAGCUAGAAUUGGAGGAUCACCAAAGCAGGCUGGAACAAAAGCUGAGAGAGAAAAUGGCCAUUGAUGACAGCCUUAAAGAUGAGAUGGAUCUGAAUGAGGAGGAUGAAAUUUUUGCCGAGAUGAUGAAAGUGGUUGAAGAAAGGGACAGACUCGUAUGUGCCUUAGAAGAGCAGAGAGUGAAAGAAAGAGCAGAAGACCAGCACUUCGAAAGCCUUAUAUUAUCUACAGGUUAUCAGCUAAGCAGGAUUUAAACAGCCACUUGCAAAUAAACAUCCUUUCAGCAGUAUUCCCUAUCACGGAGAUACACUCUUCUGGAAAAUGAAGGAAUUCAAAUUGAAAAUCAACUUAUUUGGGAAGCACAUCAUUUUGUUAUCAAAAGCUUCAAAGCAGGUCUUUUGCUUGUACCAGAGACAGGCAUUUCACUGUCAGCUCAAAGGAUCACUGGGAUAGAGAUUUGGACUGAAUGUGCCUGUCUGACAGGCACCAGGGUCUGUGAAAGGGAAAUCAGAGCUCCAUUAUUCUCUUGGAAUUUUAUUUUAAUGCUGAGAGUAGAGUUUCUGAGGAACAUGAUGACAUCAUUUAGUAUUUCUGAGACAGCCUUACUUUCCAUCUGUUUGUCUGAAUCUCUGUGUGGCUUUGUUAAUAUUUUGGCACAGCCAAGGCACGGUCAACUAUAGAAAAGUCAGAAAACAAGCAUCUCAUAAAAAUAGGGCUAGUCUUUAUUUCUGGUGGAGGAAGAGUCGUUUGACUAAUAACUACAUAUAAGCACUUACUAAAACUACUGUAAAUGCAAUGUCAGAAAUUAAUUUUUCAGGUAUUUUUAAGUUUUAUUGCACUGUGUAUUUUUGAACAAGAAGUUAAAGCAAUAUUAAAUCUCUGCAUUUUGUAAAAUGGUAAGGGGUUAUCAAAGGGGUGACUAUCCUUACAGCUGUUACAUGCACAAAAAAGUUUCUGUAUAAUAAGGAUUAAGGUCUUUAAGAUAACAGAUAAUUUAAAAAUAGUAAUUCAGACUCAACUGGACAAUAGGGCAGACUUUACUGGGGCAUACUUUACAAUUUCUUCAUAAAAUACAUCACAAAUUGUAUUGUUGGGUGUGAUAAAUGGUACAGCAGUUAAACACCUCCCUGACAAUCAUCCCUUAAAAGGACUGCAAAAAAUGUUGAGUUUUUAAUAUCAACAUUUGAUAGAAAAUAUUGUGAAUGUAUUUAAAUUUCUCUUGCUGCUUGAGAAUAUAUGCAUAUUUUUUUGUUUAAAGGGACCAUCUCCUAUCUUUUUUGUAAAUGCAUUUGUAGAUAUUGGCAAAAAAGAAUGCAGAAAUUCUCCUAAAUUAAGUAACUUCUUAAAUCUGAGAUGAUCUGCAAUUUAAGUUUGGUAAUGUUCCCAACUUGUAUGUGUGAUGCACUAGAUUUUCAAACUGGAAAAAAACAAGGGGAAACUGAAAAGACUGUUUUUUGAAUAUCAUUUUACCUCAUGCUCUGAGAAGAUUUGAUGUUCUCAUUAUUUUUUGAACGGUGCUAAUUUGCAGCAUCUGCCUGUGUUACAGCCAAAGAUAGAAGCAUUCCUGUUAAAAAAGCUUUAAACUGAAAAACCUCUUGGUGAGUACUGGUAAAGUAACAGACACACUGGAUCCUGUCACAAUAAUUUUUGAGUUAUCUUCAUGGUUGGUUUGUUUUUGGUUUUGGGUUUUUUUUUUUUUUUUUCUUCUGUAUUGCAAGAAAUCUGAAAUAUCCUUUCUAAAGGUAAAAGCAAGUUUUUGCUAUUGGCCACAGAUAAAUAAUAUACCUCUGUUGGUGCAAGCUUUAUACUAUUGCUCUGCAAUAUUUAUUUAUAUCUAUUUAUUACACUGUUUAGAGACAGUAAGAGUGUCUGGUUACAUUUUACAGUUUGGAUAUUGUCUCUGAUUUUGAUUGAAAAAUGUCUAUUUCUAACAGCUGUGUACAGCAAAACUGUGCAUUGUAGAGUAGACAGCUUUACAGAUUUGGUACAUAAUUAGCAAUAAAAUAUGAAUUAAGAUUUUAAACAAUGUUCUCAGUGACCGUAACUUGAAGGGGCACCCUUAAAACACAGCAUUCAGGGCUUUAAAAUAUAAUUUGUCUUCCAUCACAGUGAAAAGACAUGGAAGAAAUCCUUAAAUAUGUUCCAGAAUAACCACUAGACUUUUUUUCCCUCCCUCUCAUUCAUAGACUAAGCAUACCUGAUCCUCAGAUGACAUUUUUACUGAGAUGGAUUGCAGUGACUGAUUUUUUAAACUAACUCUAUCACUUAAGACUGACACAAAGUAGGAGAGGCAGAGCAGCAAUAAGUAUUCUAAUUUUCUCUGUUGAGAUCUGCUGGUAUUUCCAGUUUUGCGGAGAAAAUUUCUGGAUUUUAUCGCUGUCCCCAGUCCUGCCUCAUGCAGUCCUGUAGAAAAAGACAGUCUAGGAAAUGUCAUAGUUUUCUGUGAAAGUCAUAAUGAUUUCAAGGUAUUUUUAAAAGUUUGAAAGCAAAAUUCUUAGAGCUUUGCACGGGAGGAGAAUUCUGCAGAAAUCUCCAGUUAUAGCAAAGAUUGUUUUUUUCACCUCACUUUCACAAUUAAGAAGUCCACUCAUAUUAGUGUUGCUGCAAAUAAGCCCUGAGAUUUCAGUUUACAGCAGAUACCUGUUCAGCUAUAAAACCAAACUCCAAAGGGUGCCUUCCCUUGAGCUUCAAAGAUUUGCAUUCUUGAGAAUAUCAGCAUCUACAGAAGCUGAGGGCCAUCAGAACUUUAUGGACAUCAAAAAUAUUCUUUGCUAAAGAAAGACUUUUCUGGAUGCCCUGUGGUUGUUACACAUGUUCCACCCAAAACUGUCUGCUCUUGGGUGGAAAAACCUGUCAGGCUACUGCUGUCCUGCCUGACAUGAAGUCCCUCACAAGAUUAGAUCCAAAAAUAAGCCAUGCAAGUGAUUUAGAAAAUCAUAAGCUCCUAAAGCAGGUCUUUGUGUAGAGUAGAGAAGGGGGUGAAAAAAAAAGAGAAGCUAUGUGCACUGUUCCCAGGUCAAUUUCGUAUGGUUGGCUUCUACUAGAAAUGUAUUCAAACACUGGUUUGGUUAUCAGUUUUCUUCCUGCUCAAUCCUUUCUGUAACUUGGCUCACUAAUUUAUAGUAGAUUUAUUAAUUUUUAAGUUCAUGGCACUGUUAUUUUGGGGUAUAAUGUGAUGUGCUGGCAUGUACUGAGUGUGUCUAAAUGGGCUGGUUGUGAGAAAUUAUCUAUUUGAAAGAAUAAAAUUCUGUCUCACUCUUGAAGUA